GCAGCGCCAUCUGUCUUCAAAGUUUCUGAAAGUAAUCACUGAAUUUGUUCCACUUAUUUAAAACUACUGAACCUCAAAUAAUUCUUAGGUUCAAAAUGAGUGGGGCUGUAAAUAAAGUGGAUAUGUCCUUAGAUGACAUUAUUAAAUUAAACAAGAAAAAUAAGAAAGGAGUCAGCCCUAUGAAUAGGGCACAACAGGGUAAUGCCAGAAACUCAAGAAAAGGAAACACAUUAAAAAAUUUGAACAAUGAUAAAAUUCCUGGAAGAUAUUCGGGUGUCAAUAAAAAAGCUGGUGCUGGUGGUGUUACUAAAAAUAACAAUAAUGCUAUACUACAGAGAAAGAGGUUGAAUGCCCUAAAGAAGUUACGUGAAGCCAAGCAGGCUUUAGCUUUAAUAGAUGCAAAGAAGAAAACAUAUGGUAAACUGAGAAACCAGCCUCAAAAGAGACUUCCACCACAAAACAGACAACAGAAUAAUAAAAGAAAUUUUAACACACUUUCUCCAAACCAAGGUCAAAAACGUCCAAGAAUUAACAGAAACUAUGGUAGUCAGGCAUCAUUGAAUCAGUUUAAUAGUCCAAUGAAGAAGAAGAAGUUUACAGCAAGUACCAUAUCACUUGGACCUGUAGGCAGUACUAACAAGGGUGGCUAUCAACGACAGUCUCGAAACAAUCAGACUAAUAAUACACGCAGACUACCAAGACAAAACAGUCAAAAUCAGUGGAAAAAACAAUCUAUAGAUAAUGGUUUAACAGUACAGGUCAAUAAUAACAGAAUAAGGCAGAAUAGAAAUAGAAGGAAUAAUAACAAUAAAUUUAAUACUAGGAACCUCAAAGUACAGCAAGGCAAACAUAGAAAUUAUGAUUUUGAUACUAAUGUAUUUUCAAAUGUAGGGACUUCUGUACCACUAAAUGAAAGAUUCAGUAAUAAAGGACAGAAGCAAUAUCAGGGCAAUAACAAAGGCAGACAAGUGUAUUACUAG